AUGGCUUCUUCAGUUGCGAGAUGCGCCCGAAGUCCAGAGAACUCCCCAAGUUUCUGCCUUAAGAUUGUCACUGAUGAUGACCUCCGAGAUGGGAAGCUAGAGAGUAGAGGCCUUUCAAAUUCUUCCAAAUCCUCGGGUAAUGCACACCAAGACGUUCUUCCCACACAUAUCAGUUUCAAAUCUGACCAGCCAUUGGUUAUGAUCAAAAUGACAGCUUAUUACUUACAGUCUGGCUCUCAAAUGUUUAUAAAUGCAUCAUUUGCCACAAAACAUCUCUGUCGAGUGGGUGCUUCUUGUGACUUGACCCUACAGACGCCAGAUGAGAGAACUUGGAUUCCUGAAUUGAUUGUGUAUGAAACCACCGAGGCAAGAGUAUCUGCAAAGGUUAAAGGUGCUGGUUGGACAUCAUUUAAGGUGGACAAUCGUUUCAAAGAAGGUGAUGUAUGUGUGCUUGAGCUGAUAGAGGAAUGUAAAUUCAGAGUUUCACUAUACCGAGCAAGAGAGAAGAUAAAUCAACCAAGGAGUGAAGACAAGCUUGAAGGCAAGCAUAAUUCAGCUAAGAAGAAGCCAUCAUCAUCUAACUUUUAG